AUGGACAAGACGACAUCCAUGUAUCGAGAUGCUGAUAUACUCAUUUUCAGCACUGGUCAUUGGUGGACUCACGACAAAACAAAGCUAGGAGAAAACUAUUACCAAGAAGGUAAUGUUGUGUACCCUAGGCUAAAGGUUCUCGAAGCUUAUAAACGAGCUCUCACCACUUGGGCGAAAUGGGUCGAUAAGAACAUCGACCACAAGCAAACCCAUGUCGUGUUUAGAGGGUAUUCCGUUACACAUUUCAGAGGAGGGCUAUGGAAUUCAGGAGGACAAUGCCAUAACGAAACAGAACCGAUCUAUAACACGAGUUACUUAAAAAAGUAUCCUUCAAAGAUGAGAAUUCUCGAGUACAUCAUGCGUGAUACAAUGAUAACACCGGUGAUAUACAUGAACAUAAGCCGACUAACGGAUUUCAGAAAAGAUGCUCACCCUUCUAUAUAUAGGACAGUGUACAGGACAGAAAAGGAGAAGAAAGACGCUGUGAGCCACCAAGAUUGUAGUCAUUGGUGCUUGCCCGGUGUUCCUGACACAUGGAACCAGCUCUUGUAUGUUUCAUUAUUAAAGGCCGGGCUAGCGUCUAAGUGGUAG